GGCUUAUAUUUACCUUUAUCUAAAAAUUACGAGUGAAACCAACCGAAAGAGGUGCUUCACGUACUCGACCGCACAUUUCCGAAGAUGGUGGAGCAGUUCUUUCCUGGCGGUCAACUGGAUCUUUCCCGCCAGCACUCCCUGCCAACCCCAAUUAUGCUUCUCUCGGGUCCGCCCUCUUGCGGGAAAACGUCUCUACUCUUCCAGUUCGCAUAUAACGCUGCGAUAGACGAGAGAGGCAGUAACUCCGUCGUAUUUAUAUGCAACCGCCGGAAGCUAGACACCAAACCACCGUUUCUCUCUCAGGGCAUUGACCCAUCUUCCGGUACCUUUCAACGCAUACAAAUGAAGUAUGUGGAUGAUGAUGAAGGGGUCAAGAAGUACUUUGCUGCAUUCCACAUGUAUGAUGCAUUUCCAUCAGCAGUCAUCAUUGAUGAUUUCGGAGACUUUUUUAAUCAAAGGAGCUGCCAAGAGAGAUAUGAGAAUCCUCGCGGAAGAGACUUGGCAAUGGUUCGGAUUCUUGCUUUAUGUCACAAUGCUGUAAUGCAUGCAAAUGAGAAAGGUCACUGUAAACUUUUGCUUUCUGAUACCCACCAUGGAGAUUCCCCAAGAUUGCUGUUUAUCUAUAAAAGAUGGGUCUCUGCCAUUUUUACCAUCAAAGGUGAUGGCCAGGGAUCAUUUCUUCUAAGAAGAAACAGCAAUUUGGCAAGUGAAAACUCUGAGAGGAGCAGGAGUGCAAAGUACUCCGUGGCACUUCAAUUUCUUUACUUGGAAAGGAUCUUCGAGGAUGACGAGAGUAAGACGUAGUGUUGGUGUCUCCAUUGCAUCAAUAUUAUUACUCUUAUGAUCUUAUAUAAAAUCUACCUGAUAACAUGGCUGGUAAGUCUAUCAAAAACUGUAUCUUGCAUGCUUUCCUUCCUGUAAGUUAAGUGCUCGCAUCAAGCGUGAUGUAGUUGUAUAUGUUGAAGUCCGUAGAAUUUUUUAAAUCCUCCUUCGACAGCAUAUAUAUAUAUAUAUAAUAUACAUAUAUAUA